AUGCUGAGUUCUAUCAAGUGCGUGUUGGUAGGGGACAGUGCUGUGGGGAAAACCUCACUACUGGUGCGCUUCACCUCUGAGACCUUCCCGGAGGCUUACAAGCCCACUGUGUAUGAGAAUACUGGUGUGGACGUCUUCAUGGAUGGCAUCCAGAUCAGCCUGGGCCUCUGGGACACUGCUGGCAAUGAUGCCUUCAGAAGCAUCCGCCCCCUGUCCUACCAGCAGGCAGACGUAGUGCUGAUGUGCUACUCUGUGGCAAAUCAUAGCUCCUUCCUGAACUUGAAGAACAAAUGGAUUAAUGAGAUCAGGAGCAACCUACCCUGUACCCCGGUGCUGGUUGUGGCCACACAGACCGACCAGAGAGAGAUGGGCCCCCACAGGGCCUCUUGCAUCAAUGCCAUAGACGGGAAGAGACUUGCCCAGGACGUGCGAGCCAAGGGCUACCUGGAGUGCUCAGCCCUUAGCAACCGGGGAGUACAGCAGGUAUUUGAAUGUGCCGUCCGAACGGCUGUCAACCAGGCCAGGAGACGAAACAGAAGGAAACUCUUCUCCAUCAAUGAAUGCAAGAUCUUCUAAACUCCAAGGUCCUGCAUCCAGCAUCCAUGAACGUACCUCAAAGACUAAUGGGGGAGGGGAAGGUGGCAAGCCAAGGGGGUUGAUGCUCUUUCUUUGUCCAUUUGAACACCCUUUCUUCUGGAUGGAAUUAUCAGGUAGGUUGGCCACUGAUGCUUCCACUUCCACUCUACAGAUGAACUCUUUGCCCAGCACAACCACAGAGAUUCCUUGGGAAGCCAUACGAAUAGUCCGUCUUCAACAAAAAAACUAAAACGACUGUCCUAACUUAGACAAUGAAGUGAAUUUUCCGAGGAUGCCAUAUUUAAACUCACAUUUUAUUUAAAUAAUAAUCAACCACAUAGCUUUUGUUUUCAUGCUUGGAAAGUCUUUUCUUUGCAAAGGCAAACUGCUGUAUGAAGGAAAUAAC